UCAUAAACGUUUAAAAGAGAGGUUAAUAAAAAGUCAAUAAAAUUAAUCAUAGAGUCGCAAAAUAAAUUUUUACAAAAAAAAAAAACCUAAUUAAUAACCCAAAAAAUGGGUUCUAGUACUAAAAAACAUAAAAAGGAUUCCAAAAAGCAUAAACAUAAAGUUAAAUCAAGAUCUCGUUCUCAAGAACGGAUCGUUAGAAGAGUUAUUGUAUCUGAUGACACAGUUCAGACAAUUCGCCAUCGAUCUGAUAAUGCAUUGGCUUAUGAAACUCACAGUAGAAGCCGUAAAAUUCAAAGAGAAUCAAGUGAAUCUGAUUCGGAUUCAUCGAUAAUUAUUGUAUCUGAAAAUAAUAGUAGGUCUAGAUCUACGGAUAAAGAAAGAGAUCGGGGUCGCGAAAGAGAACGAGAAAGAUAUAAAGAACGAGAAGUUGAACGGGAUCGUGAACGUGAGAAAGCACGAGAACUUGAACGAAUUCGUGAUCGUGAAAAAGAACGUGAACGUGAAAGAGAUAGAGCAAGGGAAAGGGAAAGGGAAAGAGAAUAUGAAAAGAGAAGACUUCAUAAAAAGCACAAAGAACAUCGUCAUCAUCACGAUCAUCGCAGGCAUCGGGAUCGUAGUAGAUCUAAAACAGAUGAAUACAGGGAUAGAUCUAAAUUGGUUGACGAUUAUGAAAGUGACAGUUCCGAUUGUGUGGAAGUUCCUUUAGAGGCACCACCUGCUCCAGUAAUAACGCAAAGUAAUGGAAGUGAAAAAAGACGACAUAGCGAAACUCCUCCAGCACCGUCUCCUCCUUUAGUUCGUUCACCACCUCCACCACCAAAAGUAUCUAUGGAUUCGCGUUCCCCUUCACCUAUACCAGAGAAUGGGGCUGGUGAUUGUCUUUCAAUUGAAGAAACAAAUAAACUAAGAGCGAAAUUGGGUCUAAAACCACUUGAAGUAAAUUCCGGUCCCGUGCUUAAAAAAAAGCCAGAAGCUUCAGCAGAAGAUGAUAAUGAAAGUGAAGCAACCGAUGAAAUCGCUUAUAAAGAUGACUGGGGAGAAUUCGUUCAUAAACCUGCUAAUAAUUUAUCGGACAAAAUCGAAACCGAAAAAUUGAGGGAAAAGAUCAAGGCAGCGAAGGAACGUAGAGCACUUGAGCAUAAAUUAAAAAAGGUUAAAACUUUGGGAGAUUCAGAUGAUGAGGUGGAUGAUAUACACAAUUGGCUUGAGCGUUCUAAGAAAAGAGAAACAGAAAAGGUUGAAGCGAAAAAGCGGGCUAGAACACUGGCAGAAGUUGAUGAUGAUUUUGGUAUAUCGGAUAUUAUGCAAGAGCAAAAUCAAAAACGGAAAGCAAGAGCCUAUAAAGAUAAAGAUUUGAAAGGGUUACGCGUUGAUCAUGAUCUUGAUGAUUUCCAAGAAGGUAAAACUGUAAUUUUAACUCUUAAAGAUCAGGACGUUUUAAAUGAAGAAGGAGACGCUUUGGUAAACGUUAACAUGGUCGAUAAUGAACACUAUCGAAAAAAUGUUAAAAAUAAGGCCCUUAAUCCAUUAUCGUAUGGGUAUGAUGUUUAUGAAGAACAAUACGAUGAAUGGGGUAAUCCAAUUGACAAAGGUAUUUUGAGUAAAUAUGAUGAAGAAAUUGACAAGGAUAUUAGGAAAAAAACUUUUACUAUUGGUGAGAACGUUGAAGAGGAAAUUCAGAACAGAAGACGGCUCUUAGAGAUAAAAACAAAAUUAUCUGGGAAAAAAUUGGAAAGCUUACAAGAUACUGCAUUACAGCUUGCAAGGGACACUUAUACAGAAACUGAGUUGGCUAAAUUCAAAAAGCCAAAAAAGAAAGUGAAAAAAUUAAGGCAAAAACUAAAAGCUGAUGAUUUGUUACCACUUGCAGAUCAACAUCCUACUGGACGUGACUUUGGAUCAAGAAGAGGUAGACAACAAGAUUUACUAAUUACGGAUGAUACACCUAAAGUACAUGAAGAUUUAUCAAAAAUCAAAGUUGAAGUUGAUGAUGAAGAUGAUUUGGCUAGAUGUCUUUCAAAAGCCAGAAAGUUAAAGCAGCAGGAAGCACUUAUUAAAAAACCCUUGCCUAUAGAUCCAAAUCUCCUUAAACCAGAAAUUAAAGAAGAAACUCCUGAAGAUGACCAAAUGACUGGAACUAAAGAAAGUGGUUUCAUUACAUUGAAUGCUACAGCUGAAUUUUGCAGAACACUUGGUGACAUUCCAACAUAUGGUAUGUCUGGAAAUAGAGAUGAGGAUUCGAAUGAUAUGAUGGAUUUUGAAAUGGAACGCGAAAAUGAUGAUAUGAAAUAUGCAGAAAGUACUUCUGCAGGUAUUACUGGAACGUGGAAUUCGGUAAAUCCAGAUUUGAAUACACGAGGAAUGGAUCUAGAAGAAGAUGAAAAUUCAAAUGAUAUCAAAGAUGUGGCAAUUUUAGAUGAAGAACCUGAUGUCGGAUCUGGAGUUGCAGCUGCUUUACGGUUAGCUUUGUCAAAAGGUUAUUUAGAAAAGGAAGAGCGUAAUCGCCCUAGCAAUGCUAAAAUGGCACAUUUACAAGCUAAAAACUACACAAUUGAUGAUAAAUCAUAUAAUGAAGACGAUAAAGGAUACAGCCGUCGUGACAGAUAUCAUGGUCCUAUAUCAGAUUUUAAGGAUAAAGAUAAUUUUAAACCAAAUGUAAAAUUAGAGUAUAUUGACGAUAAUGGCAGAAUUUUAAAUGCAAAAGAAGCAUUCCGUUAUUUAUCACAUAAAUUUCAUGGAAAAGGUCCUGGUAAAAAUAAAAUUGAAAAAAGGCUAAAGAAAAUGGAACAAGAUGGCUUAAUGAAAACCAUGAGUUCAACCGAUACUCCUCUCGGUACUUUAACUAUGUUGCAACAAAAACAGAAAGAAACGCAACAACCUUUCGUUGUUUUGAGCGGUGGGAAACAAAUUCAUCAACAUAUCACACCAACAUCUAUCUCGAAACACAAAUAAAUUAUGAAUAUUUAAAAAGUCUAGGUUUAUCGUCGAGUUAUUACUAAUUUUUUUAAUCGUAUAUUUUUUAGACCUUUUUUUUUUUGAUUGUCGUUAUUUAUAUUAUUUUCAAUGCAUAAUUUAGAAUUUAGGCAAAGUUUUUUGGGAAUAUUUGAGAUAACAUCAAGAAAGUACAUUUUAUUAUGUUGUAUUUGUUGAAAAUUACAUUCUGAGACAUUAAAUAUGUAAAUAUAAGAAAUUCAAAAACAAA